AUGGUUGCUUCUGAGGAAGAGUGUAUAAUUGAGCAGCCUGAAGGUUUUAAUGAUGGAGCAAAUAGAGUGUGUUUUGUUGAAGAAAGCAUCCUAUGGUUAAAACAGCACCAAGGGCCUGGUAUGGCGCCGAGAGAUCUGGCAUCAAUUUACUUGUCAUAUAACAUUUUGGGUUUUAAAAGCCGAAGCUUGAAUGAAGGCAACACUUUACGUAACUCAAGCAAGGAAGUGAUAUGCCCUUAUCGUUUCUGUAAGAUUAAAUGGUGUGAAGUUGGUUGGGGUUCUCAAGACAGUGAUUGGGGCUGGUUCAUUGGACGAUAUGAAAGAGCACUACUGGUUUUUGUUUUCCAACUUGGUUCUGCUGUCCAUUUGCUGGGGAACAAGAAAGCAAGCUUCAGUUGGCUUCAAUGCAACCUGGCAGAGCAGAAAGUUGGAAAGCGCCUUCGACCUCUGACAAAACACUCUAGAAAGAAGAUUCGGGAACUUUCUUCUGAUGUAUUUGCACUUUGGAAAAAGGUGGUUCUGGAGCAAACUAAUAGUGAUAAGAAAAAUGGAACGGUAGAGGGUAAGAGUUCUAUAAAAGCAAAAUCUGCAGAUACAGAAACUGUUGGACACCUCUUUGGGGAAAAAUCUGCACUAACUAAAAUUGAAAUCUCAAAAUAUUUUUAAUAAUAUUAUUUUGAAUUAAUCAUAACAGAAACUGUCAAGGUUGAGAAAAUUGAUCAGAAUGGUACACCAAGACCCGUCGAAGUUCUCCAGUCUGAAACUGUUGCAACAAGCCCUGUUCUACAGGCACGAAUGGAGUCUAUCCCAAAAUGCAAUGAUGCCUUGCGAGACAGGAUGUACGAACAACUUUAUGAGGCUUUAUGCAAGGUUUCUAGCGAAGCUAAAGAUGAGAUUUGGGAUAAAGUGAAGGCAUGUGACCCCAUUCAAGUUGCUGUUUCUGUUGAGUCAGUAUUGUUUCAGAAUUGGGGUCAUUCUAAUGGAUCACAUAAGAUCAAGCAUAGAUCAUUGAUGUUCAAUAUUAAGUAUGCUAAGAAUCCUGAUUUUCAAAGAAAAAUUCUUCUUGAGACACGUGAAUCCAGAGAGAAUUGUAUGCAUGAGCUCAGAAGAGAUGGCAAGUUGGCAAGUGAUGAGAGGCAACAGAAAAAUGAGACGAUCAAACAGAAAGCCCUAUUUAACUGUGAGGUUGGAGGUGCCCUGAAAGCCACAACAGAUCAAUUCAAGUGUGGUCGAUGCGGCCAACGGAAGACCACCUAUCACCAAAUGCAGACUAGGAGUGCUGAUGAGCCUAUGACUACAUAUGUAACAUGUGUAAACUGCAAUAACCAUUGGAAAUUUUGUUAGUCUUGUUUCAUAGGAGGUGUGCGCCCUUUGGUAUGGAUUAACAUUAACAUUAGCACAUUAGCAUUAUGGUAGGGUAAGCUAUGGAGUUACUAGUGUUUUGGUUUGCAGCACUAAUGCAGUUGGUGUCUGACUUUAUUUAAUUCUUUUUAUGUAUGUAUUCAGGAGUUCUUACAUGUGGAUAAUGUUUUCUUAUUGUAGGCACUCAUUCUAACAAUGCAAAUACUCCCUUUCCUUUCUAUUUUGUGUAUUAUUUGCUAUAGAACAAUAUGGAUUGCUAAAAAGUAAUUA